CCCGGCCUGCCGCCCGCCCGCUGCACCCGCCCGCUCUUCGCCACCCACGCCGGGCUCUGGAGGAAGUGCUACUACCUGGGCGUCGACCGCGACCUCGACAGCCUCGUCCGGAGAGGCAUUGCUCAGAGAUGCACAGCUAUCAAGUACCACUUCUCCCAGCCAAUACGCUUGCAAAACAUUCCCUUCCAUUUAACAAAGACAAUUCAGCAGGAUGAGUGGCAUCUACUUCAUUUAAGAAGAAUCACCGCUGGUUUUCUGGGCAUGGCAGCAGCAGUUCUUCUCUGUGGAUGCAUUGUAGCAACAGUUAGUUUCUUCUGGGAGGAAAGCCUCACACAGCACGUUGCAGGCCUUCUGUUCCUUAUGACAGGAAUAUUUUGCACUAUUUCCCUGUGUACUUAUGCAGCAAGCAUAUCAUAUGAUCUAAAUCGUCUACCUAAAUUCAUAUAUAGUCUUCCUGAUGAUGUAGAACAUGGAUACAGCUGGUCUCUAUUUUGUGCUUGUUGCAGUUUAGGAUUUAUAGUGGCAGCAGGAUGUCUUUGCACUGCCUACCCAUUUGCUAGCAGGACCAAGAUUAUUCAUCUAAAGUCUGCCAGAGAUUCUUCUGUAUGACUGCUAUCAGAAGAUGAUCUUCAACAACGUUCAGUAACAGACACAGUAUUCUCCAAGUACUCAAAGAAGCAGGGGGAAAAGUAAACAGAAAGCUAAAUUCAGGUUUCCAAGCACAAAAGCCUGAUCCUUCAAAAAUCUUAAGAAAGGGUUUUACCAGACAAG